AUGCAGCUGCUCUGGCUGGCGGCGGGCUUCUUGUUCACCCUGGCCCUGGUCCGGUCCUUGGGUGGCACUCUCCGCCACAGCCACCACCCCGCCGCGACAAGGACGUGGAUGGCCGGCCGCGUGCAGGGCCUCGUCGGCGGCGGUGGCGGCGGCGGUGGCGGCGGCGGCGGCCGGCUAAGCAUGGCGGAGCACAUGCGCGCCGCCGAGAGGGCCUGGGGCAAGACGGUCAGACAGCGACACGAGCUCAUACGCAAGGACUUUGGGGACGUGGACAAGGUGCCGCUAUACGCCGCGGUCGACGGGCCGUCAUACGACGCAACGCCCUACACGAUAUGGGACCUCGCGCCGGCCUCGUACGGCUGCCCGCACGAGAUGGAGCGCGUCGGGCGCAUGGGCGACGGCGGCAAGUGGGUGUGCGGCAUGUCGCGGUACGAGCGUCUGUCGCGGGCCCGCGGCUGCGUCGUCUACUCGUUUGGGGUCCGGGACGAGUCCAGCUUUGAAAACGAACUCUUGUCCCGCACAAACUGCAGCGUCUGGGCCUACGACUUCGCCGUCGUCGACUUCGGGCAGCAGCUCGAGGACGGGAACCGGCCGCGCGCGCACUUUAUGCAGGCCGGGGUCGCGGACCAGACCAACACGAGCAAGAGCCCGCCUUUCUACAGCCUGGCCGACCUGAUGAGGAUGAAUGGCCACGACUACAUCGACAUACUGAAGAUGGACAUUGAGUUCUUCGAGUACGAGACCAUGAACGGGCUGGACAGGGACUUUCCCUUGGCGGCCGGCCACGAGUUUCCGGUCGGGCAGUUCAUGGUUGAGCUGCAUCUGCUCAACGACAUGACGGCCAAAACGUUUCUUGAGUGGUGGGAGCGUCUCGAGGGCCGCGGCAUACGCGCGACGUGGACCGAACCCAACCUGCUGGGCGUCACGCUCGGGAUCGGGGGCAACAGAGACCCGAACCUGGCAGAGUAUACCAUGAUCAACGUGCACGACCGGAGAAGCGUCGUCCUUGGCGGCUAG